UCAGGACUGGAGCCUGUGAUAAAUCUCUCUGUUCCUGUCAAAAACACAGCUGAGCGUGAGCGAUGACUCAGUUGUCAGCGGCUGUGAAAUAGAUCCAGUUGUUGCUAUAUGCCCCGUUAAUCUGGAGGAGAAUUAAACAAAUUAGAUAUUGAUCUCGAGCGGAUCGUAUAUCAAACAGACGGGGAAGUAUUGAUUUAUACCAUCUUGGACUAGUCCUUGAACGGAAUAUUCCUAUAUCUAGAUUCUACAGGAAGGCUGUUUUGAUGUCUGCGCAGCGGGAGUCUCUAUGGCUGUGUGGACACAUCACUCUGGGCUACGGGCUCUUUCUCCUGGUCGCCCUUCCAGACCUCACCACAGGCAGGCAAGGGAACUGCAGCCACCCACUGGUGCCAGAACACGGGGGCUUCCGCUGCGAGCCCUCCCCCUGCCGAGGCUUCCCCCAGAAGAGCUUGAUCUUCUACUUCUGUGAGCCCGGCUACACCAUCCCAAAAGAGGUGCACAGCUCGCGCUGCCGCCACGGCAAAUGGAUCCCCAGCGUGCCCACCUGUCUGUCCACAGCAGACAGACAUGUUAACUAUGAGGACCAGGUGGCCCACUCACUCCCUAGCGUUGCCACGACGGCGGUGGGCGUGUCCAUAUUCCUUCUCACCACCACGGCCUGCUUGGUGAUCAAAUCCCGCCUUUUUCCCUGUCACUCACACAGCAGGCGCUCCUCUGACCAGAUGGAUCUGAUGGUGGAUGGCCUGCCUGUGUCUCUGCCCACCUAUGAGGAGGCUGUCUAUGGGAGCUGGGGGCAACACCUGCCCCCCUGCAGAGGGCCCACCCAGCUCCUAUUGGCCCAGGAGGCUCCAGGUCCAUCAUUAGCUCACAACCAAUCAGAUUCCAGUCACCUUAUCCCUCAAUCCAAUCAAAGCCCCGAGAUCCUUCCGCCCCCUUACGAGGAGAUCCAAUCCCGUCCCAGAGAGAGUCAGAGUGAGGUGGACGUGCGGGCCAUACAAGUUGCACUUCCCGAUGACAAGGACAUUUGAGUGACUGGCGUAUUUAUGUUACCCACCAAUGAUGUACUGACUUGUAAAAUCAUGUGCUCAGGCACUUGCAGUGGGGCAAAAAAGUAUUUAGUCAGCCACCAAUUGUGCAAGUUCUCCCACUUAAAAAGAUGAGAGAGGCCUGUAAUUUUCAUCAUAGGUACACUUCAACUUUGACAGACAAAAUUAGAA